GCUCGACACCCACCACCCAUCCACGAUCUUUAACCACCACCACCACCACCAACCCCCCCUUACCCGCCGUACCCCGGCAAUCAUUCCCUACCUUCAUCAGUAAAUAUGCGUUCUCUAGCUCUCCUCCUCCUCCCUCUUGCAGCAACAGCCCGCAUGCAAGUAGAGAGGCAAGCAACAUCCACAACGUCCGGAGCUGCACCUACAGACAGCUCUGCCUCUUCUGCAGCAGGUUCCAGCGUCACUGCCGCAGCUGCCGUAGUCACUCCGAUCGAUACCAUCACACCUACUUUCCUCAGCACGAACCCGACCGCAGAACCACUUAGCAACAUCAUCGCUUCCCCCUCGACGGACCCGACGUAUGCAGUGUUCACGAGCUUCGCACCCGGUGCCACUCCCCCCAUCAGCGGGGCACCUCCCCUCCCCUCCGGGAACAUCAUCCCCGCCGACUGGCCCGCGCUGGACGUAGUCCCCCCGACGGACAGCCCGCAAGUACAACAAUGGCUCACAGAGCUGAACGGGAUCUCCGUUCCCAACCUCACCGCGACUCUCCCCGGUGGGUGCGAGACGAACCCCACCCUGGUCGGGGACCCCUCGCGCUGCUGGUGGACGUGCGGCGAGUGCACGCGUGAGACCGAUAUCACCACUUGCCCGGAUAAGAUGACUUGGGGCCUGUCGUACGACGACGGACCGACGUGGAACACCCCCGCGCUGCUCAACUACCUCCAGAGCGUCAACCUCAGGAGCACGUUCUUCGUCGUUGGUAGUAGGGCGAUCUCGAGGCCGCAGAUCUUGCAGGAUGAGUAUAUGCUCGGGCACCAGGUUUGCGUGCAUACCUGGUCCCACCCGUACCUGACUACUCUCACCACGGAGGAGAUCGUCGCCGAGCUCGGUUGGACGAGGGAAGCCAUGCGGCAGAUCAUCGGUGUUUCCCCCAACUGUAUGCGCCCGCCGUAUGGGGACAUCGACGACCGCGUGCGCGCGAUCAGCAUGGCCAUGGGGAUGACGCCGAUCAUCUGGACGACGUACAAAGGCGUGGACUUUGAUACGAAUGACUGGCAUAUCCCUGCUGGCACUGUGAGCGCGAACGACGUGCUAGGCACGUUCCAGCAGAUCUUGACCCAGGACGCGCCGAACUUGAACAGUGGGUUUAUCGUGCUCGAACACGACCUGUACCAGCAGACCGUUGACCUGGCGGUCGGCUACGUACUCCCCAACGCCCUCGCCUCAGGCUUGUUCCAGAUAAUGCCCAUCAUCGAGUGCCUGCACAAGCCGCUCGCAGACUCCUACGUAGAGACAAACAACAACCAGACCAACCCUCCCGGUCAGGGGUACACGACCCUCUCCGCCACAGAGUCGGGGCCGACGGUCCCCCCGGGGAGCAGCCCCACGGGUACGAGCAGCCAUUCAGGCGCGGAGAGAUUAGUGGGAGGGGAGAUGAUGUUGGCUGCGCUGGGAGGUGUCGCCCUCCUGCUGUCGAUCUUUUGAGACCUGUGAAUUGGCUGGGCCGACGGGCUCGGAGAUGCGACUCUGAUGGCGAUGGGCGGUGCUGGCAUGACAUGCAUAUGGACGGGACAUGAACAUCUAGGAACAACAGCCUGAGACCGAGAUCAACAGUGAUCGGUUGAAUAAGGUCAUUUGGUUAAUGGGCAACAUGGACCGCAUUCUUUCUCCCCUCUUUUCUUUUCUACUUCUUCAUUUUUUAUCUUCUCAUAUCCCCCAUCUCCCAGCUUCUAUCUCCUACAUUUUCUUGUAUACUUCUUCGUCGACUACGGCUUGCUGGAAGCUGGAAACAGCGCUCGGUAUGAGCUGGCAAACGUCGGUAAUCUUAUGGGAGAAAUGAGACCGUC